CGAGGUUGGGUUAGAAAAAGUCAAACACGCACGUGCAUUUUCGCUUUUUUUCUCAAAGUAUUUUAACUUGAAUUCAUAUUAUUUGUACUUUCGUUUUUCCAUUCUGAAAUUUCCUCCUAGUGCAUUAAACGCUGUUGUCUGUCUCAAUAUUUUACAGCGACAAACCAAUUUUCUCCAAAGAUUGUACUACUGAAAGGCGAUUUCUCUUCUCCUGUCAGGGUUGAUCCAAAUUUCAAGGAUGUCGUGUCAAAUUUGUCAGAAGUCCGAAUCGAAGUACAAAUGUCCAACCUGCAGAAUAAAUUAUUGUUCUGGAGACUGUUGGAACGAGCAUAAAACUACAAAAUGCGAGCCUCCUCCUCAGCCAAUGGAAGAAUGUAAGAAGAGAACUGAGUACUUUUUUGAGACAGAAGACACUGUUCCCCUUGAAAAAUUAGAAUUAUUAAAGGGCAGUAAGAAUCUGAGGAAAAUACUGGAAAAUCGGCACGUGCGUGAUAUGCUCACUGCCAUUGACAAAUCUCAAAAUGCUACGGAAGCUAUGAAAGCAGCAAUGUUAGAGCCUAUUUUUGUGGAAUUUGCUGACGAGUGCUUGAAAAUUGUUGAGCCUGAAACGGGGAGAUCGUAAUGUGAAAAGUGUUUUUUAUCUUAUAAGCUGACUGUGAUCAAGGUAAUUUUGCACCGCUCUGUUGAGUCUUUUCUUUCUUAAAUUGUUUCUAAACCUUUCUUUUAAAGUUUUAAUCCUGUUGAAUCUACCUGUGACCAAAAUUUUUAUUAUCAUAUUCAUCUGGUGUAUCAGCAGAAGUAAAUAAUCAUCGAGACCGGUUGGAUUACUUAUGUUACAUUUUUUUUUCCUUUGCUGGAAUUGAACUUAUUAUAUGAUUUUUUUAAGUUUA